AUGCCUUCCACAGCCUACAGCCAGACGAUCCUAGGCGUCCGGUUCAUCUUCGAGGACGGCUCUCGGAUCAUCUUCCGACUUUCGGGCACCGGCGUGGCGGGCGCCACUGUUCGCCUCUACCUAGAGAAGUACACCCCUCCAACAGGCAACCUCGGAAUGCAUCAGUUCGACGUGGUGAAGCCACUCGCGGAUGUGGCCCUGCAACUUUCGAGCCUGAAAUCCUACACUGGGCGGGACAAGCCCACCGUGAUCACCUAA